CACAAAUGAAAUUCUAGUAGUAGUUUGGUAUGUUGUGGCGUUCACUGGGCCACAGGGAUAGAUUGUGGUUGACGUUUCUCUUGCCAGUUUUGUUGGACUAUUUUCCUUUCUUUCUAAGCUUAACUAUUUCCUUCUGUGUCUGGUAGGCCAUUAAGCCUUUGAGCUUUGCAGCAGGUGCUGCAAUCAAGUUCCUAUUUGCUGACCUGUCUAUGAGAAUCACAUGUCAUUUGGCACCAAGAUCUGGUUGCUUGAUGGAUACGAAUUGUUUAUGAAUUUAUGACUUAAGAUCAUUAGUUAAGGGAAAUGCUGGUUGGGAUUUUUGCAUUUUCAUCUUGAUCCUUCCCAUGGCAUUUACCGCAAGCAAGAUUUCUAGUCAUCCAGUUGUACCAAAGGGGUUAACUUCCUCUAGAUCACUUCAAACUGUAUAUUUUUUUGGCAAGUCAACACUGUACAACAAAUCACUUCCUGCAAAUCAAGGAGUUGAACUUCAGCAAGCAAGCAAUGGUCAUUUUUUGGCAGCGAAAUUAGGCUUCUUUGAUGAGGGUUUGUCAAACAUAUGUGGAAAGCCAAUUGGUUUCAUUGUCCCUCGGAGAACUUCCAUUUUAUGCUGGUCAAUGGGAACACGCAAUGGUGAAGCAAAAGAAUGCAUUAGACCUCAUAGUGAUUGCUCUAAUGUAUGUAGUGCCCAAAAUGAAGAAGAGGAAGACAAGCAUCGAGUUGUACCUAGAAUUAUUCACUCAAGUCAGGGCUUAGCUGAAGCUUGUAAAUUUGUGUACAAUGACGCAAAGUUCGUAAAUCAAAGGGUCCGUAGUGACAUUGUCUUGCUUUCUCGAAGCAUAAUGAGGUUGGAUGCCCGUGCACGUCAAGAUGUUGCUAUUCUUGGUUCAGAAUUUCUUAAGCUUGAUGCUCGGGCUAGAAAGGAUACAGAGAAAAUUGACCGUAAUGUGAAGAAAAAAGCUGAACGACUCCAUCAUAUAGCUACUAUCUUAAAAGAUAAAGCACAAUCUAGAUUGAAAAGAGCUGCUGAUAAGCAUUGGAGUGACGGAGCCUUAGAGGCUGAUCUGCGCCUUGCUGACUUCCGUGCCAAGCAACGUGCAAUGGAAGAUGCCCUAAUGGCUUUGGAGUUUGUCAAAAAUAUCCUUGACAUGAUGGUGAGCAAGAUGUACAAAUUCCCCUUGUGUUGCGAUAAAAAUUCUCUGUCAGGUAGUGAUAUGAUGGAAUGUAUAACACUUGAGAAAAAUGGGAAAACCCUAGAAUUCUUCCCUGGGGAAUUGUCGACUGAUCGCAUUACUGCUAUUCAGGAAGUGUAUUGGAGUAUGGCAUCUGCACUUUCUGAAGCUGAUGGAAUCGACUAUACUGAUCCUGAAGAGCUUGAGUUGUUGAUCACGACUCUUAUUGGUCUUGAUGCAAUGGAUGGUAAAAGUAGUGUAUCACUACUAGCCGAGUGUUCAAGUUCUCCCGAUGUCAGCACUAGACAAGCGCUGGCAAAUGCAUUAGCAGCUGCUCCAUCCAUGUGGACGCUUGGGAAUGCAGGAAUGGGGGCAUUACAGAGACUGGCAGAAGACAGCAACCCCACAGUCGCAGCUGCAGCAUCCAAAGCAAUCAAUGAACUGAAGAAACAGUGGGAAAUAGAAGAAGGUGAUAGCUGGAGAUUUAUGAUGAAUCUAAGCCCUGCAGAGGAAGCAGAUGGUGAAGAAUCCAGCAGUGAUGCAGAUACAAACUGAGAAGCUAUCAAAAGAGUUAUACCGUAAAGAUCUAUAUGUAGCCUCACUUCAUUCCCUAAAAACAAUAGUGGCUUCCCUUGAGCUGGGAAAGUACUGGCAAAUGAACCACUUAUCGUCAGCAGCAUUAAUCGAUAAUCUAAAAAAAGGCUCCCCAUAUUUUCCCAAUUUAGUAUUUUUGUAAAUUUAUCUUCUUCGUCCUUGGCUGAAAGGGUUCAAAUGGAUCAUUCAUUUGCUGCAACAUUAAUGAAGAUUAUAGACAAAAUCAGAACAUGAUGUGUGUCUUAGCAUCCUUAGAUCUUAUAUAAAUUACAGUGACAGUUUUUAUAUGUACAUUUCAUUCUUGUCAGCAAUCUAAGCAAACCCCCUUCUGUAA